AUGUCUAGAAACCGCCAUAUUCUCUCUGAGAUUACUGUGGGAGAGAAAAGUAUCAUUGGCAGCCUUGCUUGUAUGCAAGCUGACAUAAAAGCAGUAAAGUGUCAAUUGUCUGACAUGGGCAAAAACGUUGGUGCUAUUGCGGCAACCAGCUCUGAUAAUGCUGUACCAGCCAGCACGGUUGCCAACCCCAUUUCUGCUCCUAUUGUUGCCACCAUCCUUGCUACUGCUAGUACCAAGAUCACUGCACCUCCCCGAGCAGAUUUUGCUGCGGGACCAAGUAAGGCCGAUACCAAAAAUGUCUAUAAAUUCAUCAAAGGGUACAUGUGGAAUUCCAACUUUUGGUCAGACGAGCCUGCCUUAGUGCAGGCAAACAAAAAUAGGUCCAGAUGGGCUACUACAUUUGUUGGUGUUGGAACAAGAGAGGCAGACCUGAACAAAUAUGUCUACAUGACUUACUGCUCACAUAAGUGUGAGCAGAACAAGGAUAGAGAGGCCAAAAAGAAGUUAAAUACUGUUUCCAGAAGACAUGGGCGUGAGAAGGAGCACUUCAGACGUUGCAAGGCAGCAUACAAUAAGAACAAAAUUGCCAUUGAAGAGAAAAUGAUGCAAGAUUGCUCUGCUCUGCUCAUCAGGGAAGCAAUGUCUGAAGAAUGGAGAAGCAAUGAGUAUAAUAAUUUGAUUGAACUUGUUGAUGAGGCUGUUAUAGCUGAUUUGGGCAGCAAUGCCCAUCAGUUACUGGAAUGA